AUGCCAGUAAACUACCCUAUCCACCGAUACUCGGAGGAGAUACUGACCAAGGUACCAGCGGAUCAAAUGGCCUUUCUACCGAGACCAGAAUCGAUUCCCAAGCGCAGAUACUCGACGUCGAUCGACCCGAGGAACUUUCUGACCGUGUAUGAAUACAAGGUGGGCGAUCACUGGAUUAUUUGGGACUAUUACACAGGACUGGUACAUCUUACGGGACUUUGGAAGGCUAUCGGGAAUCACAAGGCAGACAUAGUUAAGCUGGUGGAGUCAUCCCCCGAGUUAGAGAAGGAGCUUCGCCGAAUCAGAGGAGGUUUUUUGAAGAUUCAAGGUACCUGGAUUCCAUAUUCGAUUGCCAAAGUGUUGGCGAGUAAAUUCUGCUACAGUAUUCGGUAUGUAUUGAUUCCACUAUUUGGUGAGGAUUUUGUCGAAUUGUGUUUAAAGCCGUACGAUAGGGGGUUUGGAAUGCUUCGAUUAAGGGUUACAGAGGCGGAUCUUAAGAGACGACGCAACAGAAGAAGGCCUAAGGGCAUGGGAAUUGGGACUGUGAAAGUUAAGCGUGAUAAGGGUAAUGCAAUUAAGGUCCGCAGGAACUCAACGAAGGAGACGUUCCGAGUGGCUUUACAACCAACGGGCCCCAUGAUUUCGCGGUCGCCUGCCUUUUGGGGAUAUCCAGUGAGGCAAGAUGUGGUUCGAAAUUACCCAUACAUUCUGCCGCGACCUACUGACCACACCCUCCUCCCACGACCUAUUGACCACACGCUCUUCCCACUGGCUUCUGUGGCUCCUGUGGCUCCUUCGGCCCCGGUGGUUCCAGUGGUUCCAGUGGUUCCAGUGGCUUCCUUAGCUCCCAAGACUCCCGUGACUCCUACGGCCACCGCGGUUUCGCCCCACCAGGGACUCCUUUCUGUACUAAAGGCAGCUCAAGCUAUCGCCACCACUCUCCCCACCACGUCCCCUUGCUCGGCAUCUGUCUCGCUCGCCUCAUCUUUUCCCACCAACUACUAUUACAACUACAAUUACGUGCCCAUCUCCGCUACUCGAACCACUAUUCCUAUUCUCGCCAAGCCAGAUACCUCUAAGCUGAAGACUCAAACAGACAAGAUCAAACGCAGAAUGAGUAUUGAUUGCCUAAUACGUAGCUAG